CUACCAUCCAACAUGUCUCACGAGGAGGACCUUAUCGACUACUCUGACGAGGAGCUUCCUCAAAAUGAGGCUCCCGCCAACGGCAGCGCCGCUGCCACAGCUGGCGGUCUUGCAGCAAAUGACGCGGCCGGCGACAAGAAGGGCAGCUACGUCGGCAUUCACUCCACCGGUUUCCGCGACUUCCUUCUCAAGGACGAGCUCGUUCGAGCGAUCACGGACUGUGGCUUCGAACAUCCUUCCGAGGUCCAGCAAGUUACCAUUCCUCAGGCCAUUCUUGGAAACGACGUCCUCUGCCAGGCCAAAUCCGGUCUCGGAAAGACUGCUGUCUUUGUUCUAGCUACCCUUCAACAGAUGGACGAGAAGCCUGAGCCCGGUGUCGCGACUAUCUUGGUCAUGUGCCACACUCGUGAAUUGGCUUUCCAGAUCAAGAACGAGUACAAUCGAUUCGCCAAGUUCCUACCCGAUGUGAAAGUCGGUGUUUUCUACGGUGGAACCCCGGUGCAGAAGGAUAUUGAGCUUUUGGCUAACAAGGAGACACACCCACACAUUAUCGUCGGAACCCCCGGCCGUAUCAAUGCCCUUGUGCGCGACAAGAAGCUUCGCCUUGCCUCUUUGAAACACUUCGUUCUCGACGAAUGUGACAAGAUGCUGGACCAGCCUGACAUGCGCAAUGAUGUGCAAACCAUCUUCCGUGCUACUCCGGCCCACAAGCAGGUUAUGAUGUUUUCCGCCACUUUGGCCAAGGAAGUUCGCUUGACCUGCAAGAAGUUCAUGCAGAACCCCUUGGAGAUUUACGUCGACGAUGAGAAGAAGCUCACGCUUCACGGUCUUCAGCAAUACUUUGUACAGCUUGAUGAACGUGAGAAGAAUCGCAAACUUAACGAUCUUUUGGAUUCGCUCGAGUUCAACCAAGUCAUCAUCUUUGUGCGCUCUACCCUUCGUUGCACAGAGCUCGACAAGCUCUUGCGGGAAUGCAACUUCCCUAGCACAGCAGUUCACUCUGGUAUCGACCAGGCGGAACGUAUCAAACGCUACAAGGAUUUCAAGGACUUCCAGACCCGUAUCUGCGUUUCGACUGACAUCUUCGGACGUGGUAUCGAUGUCGAACGUAUCAACGUAGCCAUCAACUACGACAUGCCUGACAAGGCUGAUGCCUACCUUCACCGUGUCGGUCGUGCUGGUCGCUUCGGUACCAAGGGUCUCAGUAUCUCUUUCGUCAGCAGCACCGAAGACAAGGAUGUGCUCAAGUCGAUCGAGGAGCGCUUCCAGGUGUCCCUUCCCGAGUUCCCCGAGGACGGCAUUGAUGCUUCCACCUACAUGGACAACUAA